AUGAUGUUUAUCUCGUUAAAUUUCAAACUAUGCUUAGGUAUAUUAUUUUUUAUUGCGUUUGGUCAUGGAUUGGAGGAUUUUGAUGAUUUGCACUCAUCUAUAACCGCUUUAAAAGAAGCAUUUAUAACAGAAAAACUCUAUAUUGAAAAUUCAGAAAUAUUCCUGGAAUAUUCUUCUAGAAUUUUGAAUGCUUUAAGAAGCAAACUGCACGAGAUAAAAAGUACUAGACCUUCUUAUAUCAACGAAGAAAUCACAUUGGAAAGAAAGCUAAGAUUACAAUAUAGGUUAAAUAACAUAUUAGGGUCGAAUUAUAUUGGUUUUACAAGAAACAUCUCAAGUUUUGCUAACACCCACAAGUUCCCGACUGAUAUUGACCUAGAAGGUGCAGCUCAAGCUAUUUUUCGCUUGCAAGAUGUUUAUGGCUUUUCAGCCAAAGAAAUUGCUUCAGGUUCAUUUUUGAAAUUGGAAGGCGUGUCUCACAAAAACCUUAAGUCUUCUGACUGCUUCUUAAUUGGAUUUAAGUUGUUUAAGCUUGGGAAAAAAACAGCAGCUGAAGAAUGGUUUAAUCUUGCAUAUGAUCGCUAUGACAGAACCCAAAUUAUUGAUGAAAGAGAACUUUCGUUGGAAAAACCAUUUCCCAUAUCAAUUAUUUUGGAUUUCUUAGCUCACUCAAAAUUUCGAUUUGAUGAUGUUCCGCAUGUUGAAAUGGCAAUUCAAUUAAUACAAAAAGCAAUUAGCGAAAACCCAGAAUAUGAACAUCUUUAUAAACAAUUAGACAGUUAUGAAAAGGUUUUACGCUUGUAUAUGAGCACAACAAAAAUCAACAUUUUGCAAGAAAAAGAGUAUUACCGAAUUGCUUGUCGGGGAGAAGCAAGGAAAUCUUCAGAAUUAACUAGACAAUUGUACUGCAUUUAUAAAAAUGGUCUUCAUCCAUUUUUAAAAUUAGCUCCUAUCAAAGUGGAAAUCAAAAAUAUAAAUCCAUACGUAAUGAUUUUUCAUGAUGUUAUCUAUGAAAAUGAAAUCGAAAUGUUGCAAUCAAUGAGUAUAGAUUUAUUGUCGCGCGCCACAGUUUGGAAUGCUACGACAUCUAAAUCAAUUUUAUCUCACAAAAGAACUGGUAAACAUAGUUGGCUGUAUGACGACAUGGAUCCACUUUUAACUAUUUUAAAUCAAAGGAUGGAAGAUAUGACAGAUAUGACGAUGGAAACUUCCGAGGCGUUACAAGUUAUGAACUACGGAGUAGGAGGCCAUUAUGAUGUUCAUCCUGAUUUUUUGAGUGAACCAGAACACAAUGAAUCAGCUUAUGUAGGCCUUUUCUGGGGAAAUAGGGUUGCAACCCUCUUAUUUUAUAUGUCAGAUGUUGAACAAGGUGGAUCCACUGUUUUUCCACACAUAAAUACUGCUGUACAACCUAAGAAAGGAACUGCUGCUUUUUGGUUUAACAUGUUACCUUCUGGGUUAUCUGAUCAUAAAGUGAGACAUGCAGCUUGUCCCGUUAUAUUUGGUUCGAAAUGGGUUGCAAAUAAAUGGAUUCGUUAUAAUGGUCAAAUAUUUCGUAAACCUUGUGCAUUAAAUAUAAACAAAUAUUACCAAAUAUAUCAUAGCAAUAUGUCGGAAUAA